AUGGGUAAAGAUGACUUUGCUAAGACAUUAACGGGAUUAGGAAUUACUGCAGCACUAGGAAUUACCACCUUCUUCUGCCCUCCACUAGGAGCCGCCAUGACAUAUUCAGCAUUAGGAACUGGUGGGGUAGCCACGGCCGCUGGAAUUAUCACUGAUACUGAAGAGUUGAGGGAUGCUGGAUUAAUCGUUCUUAGUUCAGGAGCGGGAGCUUUAGGAGGAGG